AUUACCAAAUCAAACUCAGGCCCUUUUAGCUCGAACAAAUUCCUCAUUUAUUACAUACAUUAUGGCAAAAAGCACUUUUCUUUUGCUGAUUAAUUUAAGGAAGCACUGCUAUCCCACCCCAAAAGUGAAAACAAUAUCAAUAUUCACAUGCCAUACCCAUACUGAGCCCUGUUUUCCAAAACCCAUCACAUGUGUGUGAUACUAGCAUGUUGAACGGUUGAGAUUCUAGAUGUUAAAAAAUAAUAGUGUCGGUUAAUAGUGUGCGUUUUAUCCAUUCAUGCUUUUUUGGGUUGUCUGUAUCUGCUCAGUCCCUCUUCUAAGUCUCUUCAUUCUGUUUCAGCUCAUAUGAUAUAUAUAAGUAUGACAAUGAAAUUCACUAAAACCCAAACGAAACAUUAACACCAAAAAAAAUGACCCCCCAAGUCCAAAUUCUUCAUUUUCUUUUCUUCCUUCUCCUCCUCACUACAAGUUAUGCUCUUCAUCUUAACUACUACCGAAACUCAUGCCCCAAUGUUGAGGCAAUAGUCCACUCUGCAGUCAAACAAAAAUACCACAACACAUUUGUAACAGCUCCAGCCACUCUUAGGCUCUUCUUCCAUGACUGUUUUGUCCAGGGCUGUGAUGCUUCGGUUUUGCUAGCUUCUAGGAAUCGUAAAUCAGAGAAGGAUGGUCCAGAUAAUAUUUCACUAGCCGGGGAUGGUUUUGACACAGUGAUUAAAGCCAAAGCCGCGGUUGAUCGUGUGCCCAGGUGUAAGAAUAAGGUUUCUUGUGCUGAUAUUUUGGCCAUUGCCACUAGGGAUGUCGUUCAUUUGGCAGGGGGACCAUACUAUGCUGUAGAAUUGGGAAGACUUGAUGGGAGAAGCUCAACCAUGGCUAGUGUCCCACACCACCUCCCUAGUCCUGAUUUUAAUUUGGACGAGCUCCAUUCCAUGUUUGCUAAACAUGGUCUGACCCUAGUAGAUCUAAUCGCACUAUCAGGGGCACAUUCUAUCGGAUUCUCACACUGCAGUCGAUUCUCCAAUCGGAUUUACAACUACAAAAGUAAGAACAAAAUUGACCCUACACUCAAUCCGUCAUAUGCAAAGCAGCUCCAACAAAUGUGCCCCAAACAUGUAGACCCCAGAAUUGCCAUUGACAUGGACCCUUACACACCCCGGAAACUUGAUAACAUGUACUACAAGAACCUCCAGCAAGGAAAGGGACUUUUCACCUCUGAUCAAAUUUUGUUUACUGAUAAGAGAUCAAGACAAAUUGUGAACCUAUUUGCUACCAAAAGCAAAGCCUUUGAAAAGGCUUUUGUUACUGCCAUGACUAAGCUUGGGAGGGUGGGUGUUAAGACUGGAAACCAAGGGGAAAUUAGGCACGAUUGCAGUAUGGUUAACUAGAUGAUAUUCAUUUUCUUUGUAAAAUUUACAUUGCAAUAAAUAUUUUGCACUACCUAUGUAGUACCUUUAAGUUAAUUUUACUCAAAGAUUUUUUUUUU